AUGAACGGACAGUCCCAAGCCGUAGAGGCUUUUGUCAAGAAAACAUUCACGUUCCUGGACGAGACGGACUCGCAGCAAUUGGCGCCGUUUCUGCAAUGCUUCGAUCCGGCCGCCAGCAAGAUCAUAGUCAACGCGAACCCGUUUGCUCAGGCCGCGCUGUUUCUCGAGACCUGGCAGCGCGCCGUCGUGCAGACCCAGCACGUUCUGACGGGACUCGACUACCACGUGAUCCCGGGCACCGGCACCACCGUCUGUAGCGUGAACGCCAAAGUGCGGUUCGACGAGAGUGGCAAGGACAAGAUGGGCCAGGACGCGGUGCUGGUGCUGGACACGGGCGCGGUUCCUGGAGCUCCCUUGGCCGCCGCUCCCACGGCCAAACACCGGCCCCUAUGGGGGCCGUACUUCGGCACCUCCGUCCAGCUCGUGCUGGACGACAGGGUUUUCAACGGCGACCACAACUGCGUGAUAGCCAGCUUCAACUACACCAUGGUCUACAAGCCGGACGACUCGCUGAUGGCGCUGUGA